AUGGCAUCCUGUCCCCAAGCGGAAGACUGCACAAAGGCGGAGAACUGCCAACACGCUUCCAACGGAGGAGUCGAAGACAUUGAAGACUACAAGACCGAGCUCUCCGCUCUGAAAGCCCGGACAAAGGAGCUCGAAGACAAGAUUGCCAACCUGUCUACGUCCAAGACACCACUGAGAUCGACCAAAUGGCUGAACCGGACGGACGACUCCGCAAUCAGCUCCCUCUACAUAGAACGCUACUUGACCUACGGCCUUACGAGAGAGGAGCUGAAAAGCGGGAAGCCCAUCAUCGGCAUCGCCAAUUCCGGGUCGGACCUGGCGCCUUGCAACCGCUACCAUUUGACCCUCGCAAAACGGGUACGCGAGGGUAUCAGAAGCGCGGGCGGGAUUGCUAUGGAGUUUCCCACGCAUCCUAUUCAGGAGACCUCGCGCCGUCCAACGGCCACAUUGGAUCGGAAUCUAAGCUAUCUCACCCUCGUCGAAUUACUAUACGCCUAUCCUUUCGACGGAGUCGUGCUUCUGACUGGUUGCGACAAGACCACCCCCGCCUGUCUGAUGGCUGCCGCGACAAUCAACAUCCCCGCCAUCUGCAUGAAUGUUGGCCCCAUGUUGAACGGCUAUAACAACGGUCAGCUGGUAGGUGCCGGAACGAUCGUGUGGAAGGCGCGUGAAAUGCACGCUGUCGGCGAGAUUGAUGACGAUGGCUUGCUCGAUCUCGUCUCCAAAGGCAGCCCCAGCGCCGGCCAUUGCAACACUAUGGGAACAGCGUCUACUAUGAACGCAUUGAGCGAAGCACUUGGAAUGGCCUUGCCCGGCAGUGCAGCGAUUCCUGCUCCCUACAAAGAGCGAGCCCAAUGCGCGUACAAGACGGGAUUGCAGAUUGUGGAAAUGGUGCUCGCAGAUCGGAAGCCGUCGGACAUCAUGACGAGGGAAGCCUUCGAAAACGCCAUUGCCGCCAACACGGCCAUUGGAGGCAGCACGAAUGCUCCCAUCCACCUGAACGCCAUCGCCAAGCAUAUUGGAGUGAAGCUCGACCUCGAUGACUGGGACCAUAUUGGGUAUGAUCUGCCAUUGCUUGUCAACAUGAUGCCCGCCGGCGAAGUGCUGGGAGAGGAGUAUUUUCGUGCUGGCGGCUUGCCGGCCGUAAUGGCCGAGUUGCUGGAUCAAGGGAAACUCCAUCCCGAUUGCCUGACCGUCAACGGCAAGACCAUGAAGGAAAACGUCCAGGGACAGCAUUCCUGGGAUCGUCGAUCCAUCAAGAAGUACACCGAGCCUUUGAAGAAGGAAGCAGGGUUUCUUCACAUGAAAGGGAAUGUAUUCGACUCGGCGAUCAUGAAGACCAGCGUCAUCUCGCCAGCGUUCAGGGCAGCUUUCCUGGAGAAUCCCAAAGAUCCUAACGCUUUUGAAGCAAAAGCAAUCAUUUUCGACGGUCCCGAGGACUACAAUGCUCGAAUUGAGACGGCAGAUGUGGAUGAGCGGACAGUCCUGGUCAUGCGCGGUACUGGACCGUUGGGCUAUCCAGGGGCGGCCGAGGUUGUCAACAUGACUGCUCCGGCGCACUUGAUUAAGAAAGGGUUGAAGUACUCCCUGCCGUGUAUAGGUGAUGGCCGACAAUCCGGCACAUCCGGCUCCCCCAGCAUCCUAAAUGCUAGCCCGGAGGCAGCAGAAAAUGGCAAUCUCGCCAUCCUACGCGAUGGCGAUAUGCUCCGCGUUGACUUGACCAAGAGAAGAGUCGACGUCCUAAUCUCCGAAGCGGAAAUCCAACAGCGAGGAGAGGAGUUGCUGGCGAAUGGGGGGUACAAGUAUCCAGAGAGCCAUACGCCUUACCAGGACAUUUUUAGAAGGGAGGUUGGGCCGUUGAGCGAGGGCAUGGUGUUUCGGCGUGCUGUGGAUUUUCAGCGUGUGGCGCAGACUCACCCAAACCCUCGAGACAAUCACUAG